AUGUAUCCACCCCAUCAAAAGUCGGCAGGACCUAGCAGUGUCGCCAGCUCAAGUAUGCUCCCUGCACAGAGCCCAGCCAAGCGCAAGAAGCCCGCCCCCUCCUCAUCCACCGACCCGCAGGGCUCGUCAACUCGCACCGUUCCUGCAACGACCAAGGCCGCAUCGACAGCGUCAAGCAGGCCUCUCAAAAAGAAGACGGUCUCGUCCAAUGACGAUUCUCUUGCCGCCCGCUUGCAGCCCAAGCUCACUCAGUCCUCUUGGCGCAGAACCAAAUCCUACCAGCAUGUCGAUCUCAGCGGACCCACCCGUCGUACCGUGCUCGAAUGGCUACCCCGCGAGGUCGUCUUCAUGAUCCUCCAUCUCCUCUCCUUUCAGGAUCUCAACAGCCUCACCCGAGCCGACAAACGCGUACGACCGCUCGUCCACGCAAAGUCAUUCAGCCCGUGGCGCAAGCGCCUCGCCUCCUUCCUCCACGCGGAACGCCUCUACGACGAGACAAUCAGCCUCGAAGAGGACUCGAUCUUCAACGCAUCCGACGCCGAUGCUCCGAGCGAUGACGAAGAUGCGCAUGCACAAGCAACCACCAAUGCCGUCGCAGCCACCAGUGCCUCUGCUUCCCGGGCACCUGCCAACCGAGCAAACUCAGACCAUGUGCAAAUCGAGCAAACCUUUGUCCAAGCCUACGCAGACCUCGUCAGCGCCCUCGAGCUCAAAUCGGCCCCUGUCGAUCUUCUCGACCUCGUCCCGUGCCUCACCCGCGUCUGGCACGAUCAUGACUCCUUCACCACCAUCCGAAAGUGGUGCAGAGACUUUGUCGUCGGUCGCACGUCAGCAGAUCACAUCUUGGCCGCCGUCGAUCACAUCACCGCCAUCGAGGUCCUCUGCUGCGUCCGCCUCUAUCUCGCCCUCGUCCGCAUCUCUCGCGCCUUCGCCCAAGACCUCCCUCCUCUUCAAUCGGUGCGCAUGCUCGACUACAACUUGCGUUCCGCAGUCGCCACCUUCUUUAAGCCCAGCGCCAUCGCGCAAGCACCGCCGCCGGGCGCUCAUCUCGCCUUCCAACUCACACACGAACAGGCACGGUUCGUCAAUCGAGACGUGCGCCCAGGCGAGAUCAUCAAGGUGCAGGCCUUUGCAGGCACCGGCAAGACCCGCUCCCUCCUUGCUUACGCCGACCGUCGGCCAAACAAGCGCUUCCUCUACAUCGCCUUCAACAAGGCCGCCGCAGAAGAUGCUCGUCGCCGUUUCCCGGCCCACGUACAGUGCCGCACCAUGCAUUCGGUCGCUCUCUGCCAGGUAGUCCGCGCCGCCGGCCAAGACAUCGGCGACCUGCGCGCUCGCGACGUGGUCCGCUUGCUCGGCGACAGCCUCCCCGCAGGCCAGCUCGCCAAAACUCAGGCCAUGGCCACGCAGACCGGACGCGAUCACCGCCUCACCCCCACCGCCGUCGCCACCUACGUGCUCGCCACCCUCCAACGCUUCUUCUACUCGGACGACGCCACCAUCAUCCCCGACCGUCACGUGCCUACAAAGGUGGCCACCGACACCGAUCUCAAGAUUCGCGCCGUCGCCAGAUGUGCACAGGAGCUCUGGGAUCUCAUCCGUCAAGGUGCGCCGGAUCGGUCCGGAAAGUCGGUCCGAUGUCCACACGACGCCUACGUCAAGCUCCUCCAGCUCCAAGCGCCCCACCACUCGGAAAACUACUUCAAGGCAUUCGACGUCCUCCUGCUCGACGAAGCACAGGACCUGUCCGCCGCCCAGGUCUCGAUCCUGCUUCGUGCGCAGAAGCACUGCGGCAUCCUCAUCGUCGGCGACGUCUUUCAGAAGAUCUACGGCUUCCGCGGCGGCACAGCAAAGGCCUUCAACGAGCGUCUCCAUCCAUCCUCGGCGCACUUUGAGCUCACCAAGAGCUUCCGAUUCGGCGAUAAUGUCGCCAAGAUCGCGACGGAGAUGCUCGGUCUCCGCAAGCCAGCGCCUUGGGAACGUGCGGCGCCGCGACCUGUCCUCAGUGGCGCUCUUGGCACGAACGACCGCGUUUACGCCGAGGCUAACCUCUUCCGCGAUCUCCUUGCCCCUCCCGAGGCAGAGGAAUCGCAAUUCCCCAACGAAACGACUCAGGGUGAUGGCGCACCAUCACAACCAGCAGCUCGGCAGACCCAAGCGAUCGGUGCUGCUGCGACACAAGCCCAAGGUGCCGAUGCGCUCGCAGCAGCUCUCGGCGAGGGAGGGCAGGCCGUGGCUCUCCAGGUGGGAUCCAUCGGAGAGAUGGGCCGCAGCGAGGACAUUCUCACGCACACGCGCAUCUUUCGGAGCAAUCGCAAGCUCUGCCUCACCGCACUUGCGCUGUCAGCGUCGCUGCCGCAGCCUCACAAGAUCUUUCUCAAGACGAGCCAGUCGCUCCAGCCCGACGCCAUUGUGACGCUACUGCGCGACGCGCACAUCUUGUAUCACAACGACUCUCGCUCCAUGUCGCGCAACUCGCUGCUGCGCGACUUUGCGAGCUGGAAGGAUCUGGUGCAGCGCGUCGAGGCCGAAGGAUCCGGAGAGACCAAACUCAGCCUUGCCGUGGCCUUGGGCGGUCUCUUGGCAAGCUCCGACUUCUUGGACCAGGUGGCGCUGCUCGAGACGCGCUUUGCUCCCACGGAAGACGCGGCCACGGUGGUGCUCACCACGGUGCAUCAGGCAAAGGGUCUCGAGUGGGACUGCGUGAUUGUCGAGGACGAUUUUCGGCCGGUGUUCGGCAACGACAAGACGCAGAGGGUGGAGGUGGCGAGCUACUGGCACCAGGACGAGCUGAACCACCUCUACGUCGCUCUCACUCGAGCCAAGCGAAAUCUGAUCGUGUCGCGAUGCGUGAUGCAUUGGAUCGCAGCCAUGCGCGGGCUGUACCAGUACAGGCUGUUGCCGAGCAACACCAACCUGAGCAUCGGCAAGUUGGGACUGUGCCCGCACUGCAACGGUUCCAAGCAUGCGCUUGUGGUGCGCGAGUAUCGUCUGGCGUGCUUCGACUUUCUGAAUCCCAAGUGCAACCAGCACCGGCCAGAGUACAAACACAGCCGAGAGCCAUGCCCACCUACCGACGUGGUUGGAUGUGUGGGGUGUCUGUCCGAUCCGAGCUCAGCUGCACACGUCGAUGCGCUCGCGGAUCCAGACUUGGCUGUGUUUGUCUCGACUGCACCCAAGAUCACGCGUCAACGCCCCCAAGCUCCCAAGCCACACGACGAUGCGGCCGAGGGCAAACGGGACGAAACGGCAGUCGGCUUCAAGCUCGAGCCGGCAAAGCAUGCAUUCUUGAACGCCGAUCACCGAUCCAUGAAGUGGGCCAUCAUGCACCACGAAUACAAACGUGCAGUCUACUCGUGGCUCGCAUAA